AUGAAUACAAAUAAUAAUUUUUCAAAUGGGGAAGAAGUGUCAAUCCAUAUUGGAACUGGUAUAGAUAUUGCAGCAAAAGCAUGGGGUCCAAAAGAGAGUUCACAAAAAAUGCUUGCUUUACAUGGUUGGUUGGAUAAUGCAAAUACAUUUGAUUUCAUUGCUCCAAUUCUCGCUGAAAAAGGUAUUAGAAUAAUAGCAAUUGAUUUUAUUGGACAUGGAUUAUCACCACAUAAACCAAGUUGGUGUAAUUUAUAUUAUACAGAUUAUAUUACUCAAGUAUUAGAUGUUGCCGAAGCAUUACAAUGGAAAACCUUUUCAAUAAUGGGACAUAGUAUGGGUGCUGGUAUAGCAUCAAUUGUUGCAGCAAGUAUGCCACAUUUAGUUGAACGUAUCAUUUGUUUAGAUUUCAUUGGUAUACUUUCAAAAGAACAAGAUCAAAUCAAAGCAAUUCAAUUCGCAAUGCAAACUCGUACAACUAUAAACAAUAGAAAACCACAUCUUUACAAUAAUAAACAAGCCAUAUUCGAUAAAUUAAAAGCAAACAAUCCUUGGAUUAAAGAUGAAGCUGGUCAAAGAUUAUUAGAUAGAUCAAUUGAAUCUGUUAUCUCUCCAACUACUGGUGAGCAAUGUUAUAAACUUAGACAUGAUCCACGUUUAGUUGGACCAUCAAUUUUUAUUAUGCGUGAAGCAGAAGUUUUAUUAAUGUUGGAUGAAAUUCAAUGUCCAGUUUUAUUGAUUUGGGGUACGACAUCAUCUCAACAAUUCCAAAUUAAAAAGAAUUGGACACAAAUCAUGGAAGGUAGAAUGUCACAUAUAAAGAAUUUAAAACAAUUGGUUGUACCAGGUUCUCAUCAUUUCCAUAUGGAAAAUACUUCUGCAUUCUCUCAAGAUAUUUUAGAAUUUAUGUUUGAAGAAAAGGAUCUCUCUUUUACACCAUCAUCAACUACUCAGCAGCAACAACAACAGCAACAAUCAGCUGAAAAUAAAAAGGGUGAUAAUCAUAAUCAAAUAGCUGAACAAGAUUUAUCAACUUCAAAUACUUCUUCACCAAUUAUUUCAAAACCAAAACCCAAUUUGUAA